AUGUUGCUUCUCCUGCUCGGCUGUCUCCUGCCCGAUGCCGAUGGGAAGAGCUGUCUCCUCUGCUGGCCAGAACUGCCCGCGUUGAUAGACUAUGACCUGCAGAUUCUUUGGGGCACUCCAGGACCACCUGCAGAGCUCUCACAAAGCCUCCACUCUCUGUUCCUGGAGGCUCAUGACUUCCCUGAAGCCUGGUAUCUUGAUCAGGAUCAUUUGGAGGAAGAAACAGCCAAAUUAUUCAAUCACAUAGAUCAAGCCAUUAAGAAGUUGAGAGAUGAUAAACCGUUACUUCUGGAAGAGAUUCGUGUCCACAAGCAGCUGUUUUCCGAGAGGCUGAACAAGAUAUCUGAGGAGCUGAAGGAGAAGGCCUGCAACACAUCCUGUGACCUACGCUCCACACUGGAGGUCAUCAACUGUGCCAACUGCGGGAUACACUUCCUCACCUGCAAAGACCCCACUCUCUGCCCAGCCGUGACCCAGAGGACCCUCGUGUGGGCUGUGAGCCUCAGCAUUGCUCUGCCCCUGGCAGCCAUAGCUGGAGGUGGAUGCUACAUUUUUUGGCACAGGAGGAAGAAGAAGGCAGAAGAGGUACUGGGGAAGGAGACCCCUGCAGGAAUCUAG